AGGUAGCUGCCAGAAGUUAAAUGUGAACAACAAUGAUGUGACAUCACGUGAUAUCCAACUUUUCCCAGAAUAAUGAGUAAAGUCCUCAUUCUCUUUCUCACCUGUCUGGUACUGUGCCAACACGUCCACUCCACAGAAGACACUGAUUCACACCAACAAGUUGAAUCACCAGAACUGCAGUGUCCCGUCCCUAACCCCCUCGAUAUAUUACUGGGUGGCAAGUGUCUGAUUGGCGAGGAAGAUUCAGAUGCUGAAUCAGAUAGUACCACUGUCUCCGACAGUGACAAAAACAGGGGUAUUCUCGGUACACCCAAGAAACGGAACUUUAUCGGGUUGCAAACUCUCAUCUUCAAAUAUUUCUACAUGCCAGUCAAACGAACUCUGGCGUUUCUAUUCGAGGAAGUAGACAACGACACUCACUUUGUGAUGAAGAAAGGAUUGAAGGACAGCGAGCAGGUUAAGAAGUACAAAUGCCUGCCAUGUAACGAGUCCUCUUCCACUGUAGACUAUGUGUUAGAAAGUGCCCUGAUAAAGGAAAUGAACAAAACAACAGGGUGCGGGCUAGUCCUAUUCUACAGUCCUUACUGUAGGUUCAGUGUGAAUAUCCUCCCUGCUUACAAGGGUUUAGCUAGAGUGUUCCCUCAGCUAGCUGUUCUGGCGGUUAAGAUAACCCCCUACUCCAGCUCAUGUAUACAGUUCGGUGCUGUGGGCACCCCUACUGUCAUGCUCUUCUUCAACUCUCGUCCUAUUCAGAAGAUGCCCGUUACCCUGACUAAUAUCACAGCUAUGGCAGGUUAUGUGGUUAAUAUCACUGAUUUGACGCCUUCUUUCCCUCUGGAAUUACAAGAAUCUGACCAUGAGGGAGUGGAGCUUCUGCAUUCUUUUGAUUGGGUCCUUCUUUUCUCAGUUCUGUUUCUAUCCGGGUCGACCUGUUAUAAUGUUUUUUCGACUGCAGCUGGGAAACGACUGUUGCAAAAAUUCAAAUUGAAACGAGAAUAGUGUUUGAGUAACAAAUAGCAUUGGUUGGAUUAUUUUUUUUGGCCUCGUUUUAACCUCUUAAUGAAUUAAAGCUUAUUUAUGCUAAAAUUUUAUAUUAUCAAACAUUUAAUUGCGAAAUACCGUCCGAAAAAUUGUUAUUCAUGUUGACGUUUUAUCUUAUCCAAGAUACUAUUUGCAUAUUUGCCACUGAUUAUUCUAUAAAUGUCAUCUUUUAGCUCUUCAAGCUGAGAAAAGCUUAUUUUUCUAAUUAUCUUUGAUGAUUUUAUGUAUUUUGAAAAUUUGAAAUUAAUGUUUGUCAAUGCUCUUUACCUGCUUCCAAUAAUAUUAGAUUACAACAGUGGUUCUAAGCACUAAACUAAAAAUUUAUGUUGCAAUAUUUCUCUCAAACUAGCUCAUAGACUAUCAUUAACUAUCGACCUUUUCAGUAUUACUCCUCAUAGCUCCUAAACCUACCUAUCAAAAGUAUGAACAGAAUGUCUACCAAGGUAUGUGGGAACUGCAACAUAAAGCACGCCUCCGCUGAACUCUCAGGACCCCAACACUUAUGCAAGGAAUGCCGUCGGACUCUCCCCCAAGAAAAGUGUUCAUUUUGUCAGAUCGAUUUCUACGUUAUUGGUGAUAUCAACAAAAGCAAGCCUGCCUGUAAGAAAUGUUCAGAGUAUUACAACAAGUUUGGAGAUCCAAAGGCGUGCGACUGGUGCAAGACUCCAUCGGCUUUCAAGGGCAGCAAAUGUUUCCAGUGCAAGUCGGCCGAAGAGAAGUAUGGCAAACCAUCACGCUGCGAGGGUUGCAAGAAAAACUCUUACUUCGAUAAAGGACCUGAGGCGAAAAAGAAAGUGGAAAACAAAGCACUGUGUUUGCUCUGCACAUUGAAGUUCAAGAAAGAAUUACACAGAAGUGGAAAGUUUAAGAGAAGUUCAGCCGAGAUCGUGAACAGUAAAUCGUCCAAAAGUAAACGAGCUAAAGAUUCUAAUGACGCCUCUUCAUCAGCUCAUAGAGCGUGUAAAAAAGGACCACCCAAAGAGAUGGGGAUACAGGUAGAUUUGUGCGGCCACAGCUCGGUAGAGGAUAAGUCCAGUUCUGAUAAGGAUAACAGUAUGGAGGCUAUGUUGCUGACUACUCAACUCAAAGAGGAGAUAGCCCAGCUAAAGCGACAGCUUGAUGCACGAGACAGAGAGCUGAUAGUGAAGGGGAAAGAGCUGAGCGAAAAGAAGACUGACAUGUGGGAAUUGGAGAAGAAACUGCAGAAGAAGAUCACAGACCUGGGACAGGAGCAUAUCAAGAGAAUAGAGGGAAUGGAGCAAAUCAUAAGAGACGUCAAGGCCCACAACUCAGUCCUUGUCAAGAAGUUGAAGACCGGAACCCGCAAAUCAGCAGCUCCCUCCAUCGCCGCCUCCCUACUUAUGGACACAGAGGAGACUGACUCUACGUAGUAGAAAAUAGACAUCUGUUUUAUUAUCAACCAGACCGUGCUGACGUAUUAUUUACUUGCCGAGAAGUUCCAAAGAAUGUUGCUCGGAAGAAGUGGCCAGCGGAAAUAGAUACAAUAUUUAUGUAACUCGCGGAAUCCACAAACCGUCUCUUGUAUCCGACUCCCGAAACCCAGACAUGUACGCUAAACAGUAACCAUGGUAACCACUUCAAUAACCUUAUCUCAAACCGAGUCAUUUGUUUUAUGUUGUAUUGAAAAAUUAACAUUUCUGAUGUCAGCUGACCGUUGCUUUUAACAGAAUGAAGGCUUUUAAUGAACUUUAAGGAAUUGAAACUUAGUUGCCUUAACUAAAUUUCAUACUUAUUUUUUGAAUGAUUUUUAUCUUACUUUACAUUUUAAAACAGUUUAUCACCACGCCCAGUUCGUGAUACUAAAGAAUUCCUCGAAAUGUGCUUAUUUUAGUGCGAUUUUAAUUAUAUUUAUACUCACCUGAUAAUAUGCUUUAUCACAAAUUA